AUGAAGGAACAAGUAUUCUGCGUGAUUCCUGAAGGCGUCGAACUUGACAUGUCAGGCUUCGACCCAUGUCUCUACAUCAAGACAUCGGACGGCCAUUGCGUGUUUAUACUGGUCUACGUGGACGACGUCUUGGUGACUGGAAGCUCGCUCGAGCUGAUUGCACACACCAAGGAAGACCUGAAGACACGCUUCGAGAUGACUGAUAGCGGCAAGUGUGCGUUUGUUCUUGGGAUCGAGCUUUUGGACGGUGAAGAUGGCAGUGUGACACUAUGUCAGCGUCGGUAUGUCGAUGAUAUCCUCAAGCGCUUUGGCAUGGAUGAUUGCAAGGCAGUCGCAAGUCCAGUCGACAUGAGCUCUCGACUUGUUUCAAGUGAUGCAACUACCAAGGUCGAUGCUCCUUUUCGCGAAGCUGUUGGUGCGUUGAUGCACCUGACCACUGCAACGCGUCCGGACAUUGCGUUUGCUGUGGGCUAUGUGUCGCGGUUCAUGGAAAAUCCCCAAGAAGAACACUGGGUUGCAGUUAAGCGUAUCUUUCGCUACCUACAAGGCACCAAGACGCAUGGAAUUUGCUACAAGCCAAGUGCAAGGAUCGACUUCCGUGGAUAUUCGGAUGCGGAUUGGGCUGGUGAACUUACCGACCGCAAGUCAACAUCGGGGUACACGUUCAUGCUACUCGGUGCGCCAGUGAGUUGGGGCAGCAAGAAGCAGCCAAGUGUUUUGCUGUCCACGACUGAAGCUGAAUACAUCGCACUCAGCUUGGCGAUUCAAGAGGGCAAGUGGAUUCAUCGUCUGCUUUGUGAGAUCGUGAUGGCUGCCAAUGAAGAAGGACCGGAACUCAUGAUUCAUGAAGACAAUCAGUCAUGUAUCAAGAUGACGAAGAACCCGGUCAACCACGGCCGUGCCAAGCACAUUGAUAUCAAGUACCAUCACAUCCGUGAUGAGGUCAAGCGCGGUGAAGUGAAGCUCAAGUAUUGUGAAACUGCGGUGAUGUUAGCGGACAUCAUGACGAAGGGACUUCAUGGACCACGCCACAAGGAGAUGACGACGGCUCUCGGGAUUCGUGAGCAUUCGGAUUGA